AUGACAUCGCAAUUUAAACGCAGAGAAUUGGGAUGCGUAUUAAUUUUAUAUUUUUUAAAAAAUAUACUAGAUUUUUCUAUAUGUUUUAAAUAUUGUUACGCGUUCAAAUUAAUAGGAAGUCGAGAUGGUUCGAAUGUGCGCAUUUUAGACGUUUUAUAUCGCAAUACUCAUUUUGAUAUUAAUAGUAAUAAUCAAAAAAAUGAUAUUUAUGACAUUGGUGAUGCAUUUUUCAGUGAUAUAAGUGAAAAAUGUGAUGCAUUUGAUCCUUUUACUGAUAAUUUAGGCAAAAAAAAGUGCACAGAAGGAUCGCAUAGAAAAAAAGUAAUAGAUAAUUUAUCUACCCGAAGGGUACAGAAUCUAGAUCCACCACUAGAAUCUAAGGAUGAUGGUUAUAAUUGCCUAGUACACUUGAUUGGUAUUCCUUAUAACUUCAGCGAGUUUAUUAUAGCGAAGUGGCUAGAGGAUUACGGAGUUUGUACAAAUGACGUUACAUUUCUACUUGAAUUCAAUGGAUCGUUCACAGGGGAUGCAUAUGUACGCUGUAAGAAUCGUGAAAUACAAAAAAAAAUAAUAAGGGACAAGCACAUGAACCACAUAUCAGAUCGUUACAUAGAAGUAUAUCCAGUACUUGAGUGCGCUUAUAAGCAAUACUAUCAGGCAAAAUACUUUAAAAAGUUACGCAAAGGAUUUUAUACACCAUUAGAAACACUGGUACCAUCUGUCAGUUACCGUACGUGUAAGAAAAAAACAAUAAAUGAGCUUCGGUGCGGAGACUUAAUAGUCGGUAAAAUAACGAAGAUAACAGAUAAGGGAGGGGUUUUAAAACCAUUAAACAUAGGUGCUGUAGGUGAUAAUAUUGCUUUCAUACUUUGUAACGAUAGAUUAUCGCAAAAUGUAACAUUUAACGAAGAUAUUACAGGAGAUAUCGAACUUAAGUUAAUUUGGGGGAUGGAAGUCAAUUUGUAUUUUGAGAAGAUCAAAGUGGUAGAUAGUGACACAGAUUUUUGGGAUGAAAAAUCGGUUAUUUUAGCAUCUAAAAACAACAUUUCCAAUCCAUUAACAAUCGUCUAUGUUACUAUGGACUGUACUAUAUGUGAUAGGAAAGCGAAGCUCCUAGAACAAAAGUUAUUGAAAUAA